CACUACUUAGGUCCGGGAAGUCGUCGAUGCUUCAAAAGGCAACGUCAUAUACAGCUAUUUGGUCGGCAACGGAUGCUUCGCGAAAGCAGCAGGGCUGAGCCGGUCCUCGCAAGACAAGCCACUUGGCACAAAUUGAUGAGAAAGCAACAAGGACAACGGAUGCCCUUCCGGCGCGCUCAAAGGCCGUCGCGCGCCGCCUUGUCCGACCGUGCGAUGAACCCGGCCACCGCGGGAGUCGAGAUGAGGCUGGAACGCUCUGGCAGUGUCAGAAGAGGCCCGAAGCCGCAGGGUCCGCACAGCUUGUCAGGGCGAAAUUCGCCGGUGUACGUCCUUUCCCAUUGAGUACCUGGUGACCACCCGGUAUUUUAUGAUGUUCAUUUACAUGGUAAAGAGCCUGGCUUUCUACUCGUUCAAGACCCCCGAGUCUCGAUCAUCACAAGACACCUCAAGCGGGCAUAAAAGCAUGUUUG